CGUGAAUUUUUUUCUCUCAUUUUAAGGAGUAGGACUGUACACUGGGAGCGGUGAUGUUGGCAGAGAGAUGGGCCCAAUGAACUAUUGAACCAAGCCUGGGAUCGUCGAGACAGCCGUUCCGAAAGUGAUCACCCUGAGGUGAAUGCCGGAAGCAUUAACUCCUUGUUGCCAUGACAACAGGUGACUGCUGUCAUCUUCCAGGAUCUCUUUGUGAUUGUACUGGCAGUGCCGCCUUUUCUAAGACGGUAACAGCAGCUGAUGCAGGGCGACCUCAGUACGUCGCACAAGUAACAGCAAAAAAUGGACGCCUGUUGUCAACUGUCAUUAAGGCUCUAAGCACUCAAAGUGAUGGGCCAAUUUGCCGGAUAUGUCAUGAGGGCAGCAACAUGGAAGGCUUGCUGUCACCUUGUGAUUGCACUGGAACACUUGGCACAGUUCACAAAACCUGCCUGGAGCGAUGGCUUUCAUCUUCCAACACCAGCUACUGCGAACUUUGUCACACUGAGUUUGUAGUGGAGCGAAGGCCUAGACCUUUGAGAGAGUGGCUCAGAGACCCAGGUCCCAGGAAUGAGAAGAGGACGUUAUUUUGUGACAUGAUUUGCUUUCUUUUCAUCACACCAUUAGCAGCAAUCUCUGGUUGGCUUUGUUUGCGAGGAGCACAGGAUCAUCUACAAUUCAAUAGCCGCCUGGAGGCAGUUGGACUCAUUGCACUCACCGUUGCACUUUUCACCAUCUAUGUCCUGUGGACACUGGUUUCAUUCCGCUAUCACUGCCAGCUCUACUCAGAAUGGCGAAGGACCAACCAAAAGGUGCGAUUGAUGGCUGCAGACUAUAACAGCGCUACUCCACAUUCUCUCCUCUCAUCAAAGCUGAUAAGGAAAGAUUCCAGUGAAACAAUUGUGUGAAUUUAUUGGUAAAUAUCUAUAGAGAAAUGAAAACUCUCAAAAUUCACACUUGUCCCCAAAACGUGUUAAGUAACUCCAGCCAGUGUCGGCAAAACAACAGCAACUUGUUUAUCGGAAUACUUGCAAGAAAGAAACUUCAUUUGCAACAUUCUCAGGAGCCAAUAAAUAUGCAGCCAGCAUUUAAAUGCAAUUCUAAUGAACAGUGGGAUUAAAACAUCAUACUUCCAUUGUACAAAUAGAUGGUGGUUAUUCUCCCAUUGUAAGGUUAAAGCUUACAGAAUGGUAACAUGGAGUUUGAAAUUUGACAAUCAUUUGUGCUAUCCUGUACAAAAUAACAGGGCAAAGAACAAAAGAAUGAGAUGUGUGUGUGUGUGUGUGUGAUCUGAACCCUCUUUGUUAUAGAGGCAGCAACUAGCCGUAAAUAUAAAGUUUAUCCUUGGCAUUGCACAGUAAUCAACUAUUGGAUCGAUCAGCACUAAUUAUGUAAAGACCUGGGAGACCCAUCCUAAUUUUAUUUUUGGUGAAUAUUAUUUUUAAAUAGAGAAGUGGCAAAUCAGACAUCCAAGUCUAAUUGGAAUUCAGAAAGUUUAAAUGUGACCUUACAGGUUUGUGUAGUAUCCUUUUGAAUUUCUAUAGAAGAUAUGAUAGGAAGUACUCUAAUGACCAGUGUACGUUAUCUAGCACCGGUCUUGAGUAUCACUGAUGUCCAACAACUUUGUCUCAAAGUGACAUAUAAUCGCAUUCUAAUAUUGGCGUUGUGACAAUUUUUAUUGGCCAUUAUCUCCUGACUUUAACAGAUGACACUCCUAGUGUCAAAUACUCUGCAUGUUUUUAAAAAUCAUAUUUUUGCAAUACAGUUAACAACACUACAAUCAGCUUCCUGUACUUGUGACCACAGUGCAUAGUCAGAGAGCUUGUGAAUGUCACUAAAUGAGAACUUUGAGAUGUAACUUGUAAUAUUUAAAUAGAGGAGAAUGGUAUUCAAGAAAAGUUAGAGAAAACAAAAGUAGUCAAAGUGAAUAAGUGGAACCAUAGAAGUCAUAAAUCUUUGAAAUCUAUAUCAAACUUCAACAGUAAAGGAAGUCUGGGUGAACGUUAUUCAAAGCACUUAUUAUUUUUCACAGCAACUAAUUUGACAAAAUUUGGCUUGAAUUAACUCUAAUACAGAAAGCUUUACCCCUGUAUGUGUUUUCUGAAUAAGAUAGGCUUGGAGAAGGUGUUUGCUUCCAAUAUCUGUCUUUCCCUUUUGAAGAUUGACUGACUGCAGUAGAUGGAAGGACUUUUUGCUUUCUAGUCUGUUAGAGUAGAUUUCUGUUUCCUGCCUUUCUUUCUAUGGUUACCCAUAAACAUUUAAUAAGUGAAAAAGCAAAAUAAUACUGUACAGUUUGUGAAAAUGUUGAAAGAGGGCUUAUUUUGAUAAGACCCGUUGUUCAAUGUGUUUACCACCUUUUUAUAGUUUUCAGAAUGUUUGUUUAGUUUUUAUUGCAGAGUUCUUGAUGCACAAUUUAAGGGUUUUGUGCAAUUCCAAUAUGAUGUAAAGUUUAAACUUUAGUUUAGGAAGACAGUAACUUUAAAAAAUUUUGUUUACUUCAGUAUUUCUCCUUCUGAUCAUUGAUGUUUAAAUUGAAAUUGAUGGUGAUAGAGCAAUGAACACUGUGAUUCUCCAACUGAAAAUUCUCAUUCGUCAUCACUUUAUUCUUUUCUUCUUUUGAGGAUAAUCUAUUAUAGGAAACCAGCAUUAUGGUUAAAAAAUAUUGAACAAUAGAAGUGUAAGCUGAGAUUCAGACUAACAUGUAAACAUCACUGUCAUGUAUUCCAGUGCAUGAAGCUCCAUUUUCUCAUUAUUCAUGCAAAAAAUGAAAAACUGGCACAUUGCAUUCUCUGAUGUAAUUCAUUAUCUAAGAAAACUGAACACUAUAUGCAUUCAUGAUUCUAUCGACACUUGCACAAGAAAGAGCAAAACUGAAAUAAAAAGAAAAAAUUUCAAGCUAAAAGAAAGUACAGAGAAUAUUAGAAAUACACUUUACUUUUGUUAGGCUUUCUGCAUUCUGAAUUGUUGAAGUAAUGACAAAAUUUCAAUAAAACAAAAGGAAAAUCCAGUUUGGCAAAUAGUAAAUUGUAACUAGUGAGUUUGCCUUCAUUAUACAUACAUUUAUUUGGAAGUAUUUCUGUGAGCAGCUCAUUUACAAUUUUGUUCUGCAGCUUUGAACUUUUUGUUUGGAAAUUCUACAUAUUGAUAACCAUAUGCUCCCAAGCACAUCAAUUUGGUGCUUAAGAAAAUUGGGAUAAUAAACAUAACACCAAUGUUUUAGCUAACUGGCUAUCUAAAAGGAAAAUAAAUAUAGUGCUUUGUAAAAUUUUCAGGACACUUCAAAGCACUUCACAGUCAAUGGAUUACUUUUUCAGUGCAGUCAUUUAUUAAACUUGAAAACAAAUUAGCAGACAAAUUUCGUUCAGUAAGAUGCCUGAAAAAGCAAUGCAAUGAAAGAAUGCUUGAACACUUUUGGUUGUAGUUGAAGGAGGGGUAUUGGCGAGGAGACUAGUAGAAUGGCUGCUAAUCUUCAAGUAAUUCUGAGAGAUGAUUUUUUUUGCUUAUUUGAACACAGCCGUGGUUAAAUGUCUCAUCCAAACAACAGCACCUGACUAUGUGCUGCUUAGUCAGCAAUUCACCUGAUGUUAUAAGGUAGAAUUCAUGUACUCAGAUCUUGACUGGGGAAGGAGGGGUGUACUUCAACCCAUGAGCGUCUGACUUGGUGUGGAAUGGUACCAACUGUUUUUUAUAAUUAUGGGAAUUUUGGAAAAUUUUGCUUUUCCUGAUCUACGCCCCUUUUAAUAUAAUAUUUUGAAACAUGAUUGAAAUUAUGGCAUUUUUCAAUGUUAGAAAAGUAUAGUAACCAGUGUUCUUAGAUUUUGUGUGAACUGUUGUGAUCCUCACAGCUUUAAAUUGAGGUACAAUUGCUUUGAUUGUUAUGAAAUGACCUUAAUAUGUGUCUGUGCAGCAGCCUUUCUUCUGGCCAGGUUCUGAAAUCCCAGUAAUGUAACCUAUUAAUGAAUUUUUGAAAUUUCCACUUCUGAAAAACUGCUUUGUCUUGUAUUCCAUUGUCUGACUGCUCAGAAAAUCUUACUAAGUUUGGUGACGUACACACGUCACUAUUGUUAGUACCUACAACAGAUGAGUUCCUACCUGUGGAUUUCAAAUAGAAGGCUGUACUAUAUAAAGUAUGUAAGUUUGUUUACAUUUCCUCUGUUUGCUUCAUGUGGCCGCUGACUUUGCAACCUGCCAUUUCAAGCCUUAAUUUUCUUAAUUGAACCCCUUUUUUCCCCAAGUAACUCCAACAUGCUCAUUGGAUAGGUUUUGUUCUAUAUUUUUUUUCUUGCUUUGAUAUGUCUAUUAAUUUGUGUAUAAAAUGGCACCUGUAUAUGCUGCAAAUGCAAAACUUAUGAUUUUUUUAAACAACAUGGUACAAAACAAAAUGUUGGAUAUGUUUAACUCUUGGCACAAGCCCAUUUUUUUUGAUGAGUAGGUUAAAUGUUGAAUCUGAUUGGAAUAUUUUGUUUUUACAUUUUAUGUGACAUGCAACUUUCAAAAUUGCAUUUAGUUCCUACCCAAAAUCAGUUUGUAAAAUACAUUUGCAACAUGAAUUAGUUAAUCUUCAUUUGAUUAAUAGAAUUGAUUAAAGGAAAGGGUUUUUUGCCUAAUAUUAAAGUGAAAUGUAAAGGUGGAUUAGCAGGCCUGAUUUUUAUACCUGGGUGAAAGUGAGGUUACUCAAAACCUAAGAAAUGUUUUGAACGAAAUUAGAUGAUAAGAAUGACAAAUGACUUGCUGAUCAUGGAUGCUGUGCAUAUAGCACAAGCGUUGAUGCACUGAGCAUUUAUUAAUCCUGAAGCGGAACGGGGGAAUUCAGUUCACAGUCAUGUUCCUGAUCACUGUCCAAUAUACCCUGAAGUUAGGUGCACCAGUGCAGAUAUCUGGUAUGUGAAAAGAAUGAGCUUCGUCUCUUCGUAUUAAAUAAGCUUUUAAUAGUUUCUGACAAUGCUUACUAUGUUAAAACAUGCCUGUUUGAAUGAGGUACAGGAGGAGUGAACAGAAACUACUGGCCACAUACUUCAGCAAGAGGUGGCUUAUUAGGGACUGAUGGGGCGAAUUAUAUUUCCCAUUUUGUAGGUAUAAACACCUCAAAAACUGAUCCAAUAUCAAAUAUUUCAAAAAUGCAAUAUCCAAGAGCUAAGCAACUGGUUUGACAUUGAUUUAUCCAAUGACUAUGUCAGCAGUGUGAAACAAAUCAUUUUGAAAAGUGCAGGAAUGUAGUUGAGAUCCAACCAUAAUUAUGGCACAAAGUUUCAGCUGUUAGAUUUGGACAUGUUCUGAUAGUUUUAAUGUCUAAUUAUCAGCCAUUGUGAGAAAGAAACAGAAAGAAUAAGAUAAAAUAUGUCACAUCAUUUUAAAAACCUUUUUCUAUAUCUUUAGCUAAUGCUUUUUCUUUCUUUUUAUUGAUUUUUGUUUCAAAAUUUAAGGCAUGAAUAGGUGUGCAGGUAUUUGUGUCAAUGUUUUUAAAAGUGAACUUUUGUCUCCAAGAAGAAUUAUUAGCUGAACCAGUGAACAUGCAACAUUGGACUGUGCACAACCAUGAUUUCAAUCCAUUGAUUGUCUUAGACUAAUUGAAUCCAAAGAAAAUUACACUGCUGCAGACUUUGACAUAAUUGUUAAUUUUUAUUGUAUAAAUUCAACAACUAUUCUGUACUGCCCCUCUGACUAAUUGGACAGAGAGGUAAGGUUAGGCAGGGUUGGGCCUUGAAGUGUUGGAGUUUUGAAGAAUGAAAAGUAAUCUGAUUGAAACACAUAAAAUUCUGAUGGAAUUUGACAGGGUAUAUGCUGAAAGGAUUUCGGAAAGCAGGAUUUAGGAAAGACGAGAGAACAGAGUUUAAAAAGGGAUCUCCUAUUUAAAAUGGAGCUGAGGAGGAUUUUUUUUCUGAGGGACAUGCAUCUUUUGAACACUCUUCCCUCAAAUAAUGAAGGCAUGAUCAUUGAAUACUUUCGGAGAUAGUAGGAACUGCAGAUGCUGGAGAAUCUGAGAUAACAAGGUGUAGAGCUGGAUGAACACAGCAGGCCAAGCAGCAUCAGAGGAGCAGGAAUGCUGACGUUUCGGGCCUAGACCCUUCUUCAGAAAAAAGCUCUUCACCUUGUUAUCAUUGAAUACUUGCAAGGUUGAGGUACAGACUUUUUUAACUAAGAAGGGAGUGAUUAGUCAUCCAGAGAAGAUUGGAAUAUGAAGUUUAUGCCACAAUCAAAUCAGCUAUGAUCUUAUUGAAUAAUGGAACAGUCUGGAAGGACCAAAUUGCUUCCCUUGCUGUCUCAGAAGUGGCCACCUCUCAGUGGCACUGUGGAAGUUUCUACACUGCCAACUGUCUGGUUUAGAUUAGCAAUGUGGAUUGCCCGAUCACCAUCUUAAUUGAGUGGAGAUUGGGUAGCAACUCAUUAAGAAGCCUCUUCAAGGGAAACUAACACUGUGUGAUAUCACUGCCCACUUGUUCAGGCUCAGGACCUGCUUAUGGUCCCAGCUUCAGGACUCCCCCUCUUCUAAGAAAAUUGACCUGUGUAUUUGGUCCUAAUUUGGCGAAAGUGAUUCUUUAUUUCAAGUUCAUGCUGUUAUUUCUGGAUAUUGAUUUAUUUUGGAUAUUGCUCUUUGUGUAAUAUAUAAAACUGUGAUUUCUAAAAAAAAAAUGCAAGGUUACUGGGCCAUAUUGAACAGAAAUUUCCAGUUUAAUCCUCUUUGUUUUUCUGAGCACAACAGUAGUGGCACUCAAUGCUCCACGAAUUAGAGAGCGAGGAAUCACCAGGAUUUUUUAAUACCUUAGUGCUAUCCCUAUUGGACAAUUAUUGAGCAAAAACAGGGCCUGGCUUGACAUUGAUACAAUGUAGUCUCUUGAGCCUCUUCUUCCAAAUAUAGAGUGGCAAAUUAAAUAAGGUAGUAGAAGAGCUUUAUCCCAUCAAGGAAUUGAUAUCAUUGUGAAGGGAAGAAAAAUUGAGGAUAAUUUUUUCAUACUUUAAUAUCCCUAAUGCGGUUUGUUUAUUUUUGCACAAAUAGUAAGUCCAAAUCUAGAUUCUGUCAUCCGUAAUGUUGUUUGAAUGUUAGGUAUUAUUAACCCAAUCAAAACAAUGCACUGGUUUGUAUGUGUACUCAAUUUUCAGCCUGAGUAUUGAUCAUGGAAAAUUUUCAUCUUUUGAAAUUCUGAAAUUCUUUCCUUUGCAUGGGCAGAUAACAAAAUGGUGCUCAUCACCUUCUAGAAUGGUAAAAACAAUUCUGAGAUUCGUGAUUUAGGUGGAGUUAUUUUAAGUUCCAUUACAUGAGGAAAGAUAGUGUGGCAAUAGGAGGAUAUGAUUUCUGUAAAUCCUCCCUAAACCUGUAGUGUUUGAAGAUAACACUCUAAAAUAACUUGAACAGAAUGCCGCUCACUUUUGUAUAUAAGUAUCGAUUGAAGCUGAAGCUUUGCCCUUGCUGAGAAAAUUCCAGUAGAGCGUAAAAAAUGUUCAGUAUUUGUUUCAGACUCUUUGAAGGUGUCUUGGAAAAGUCCAAAAAACAUACUUUAAGAAGCGUCUUACUUAUGCGGUUGGAUAUUUUAAGUGUUUUUUUUUUCCAUUUUAUUUCAUGAUGGAUGUUUGGUUUCAAGGGUGUUUUUGCAAAGAUUGAAUUGACCUCUUCUCUGAAAGGAUUUUGCAUGGAAACAAAGUGAGGUCUUGGACACCUCAAGGUGUAUAGUAAGUUCUUGUGGUUCUGUCCCAGCAGUAGUAAAUUGUUAUAUACAUUGUUAAUGUCAUUACUCUUGGAAUGUAUUAUGUUUUAACUAUCUGGUUUGUAGUUGCUAUAAAUUGUGUACAUAUUUACAAUCAUUAUAUUCUGGCUAUUACCAUUAUUAUAAUGCCUUUAGGUAAUUGUCUUCAUUCCAUUUUGUAAAUAUGAUACAUGUAUUCAUAAUUCAAUUUAAUAUCUUGAAUAAACUAUAUCCAAAGCCACAUCUA